AUGGAUUCCGAGCGGAGCGCUGUUUACUGCACGCUUCUUCUAAGCGACAAUUACUUGCCAGGUGCUAUGGUGCUGGCGCAUUCAUUGCGCGACAAUGGCACGACGGCGAAUUUGAUCGCUCUCUUUACACCGGACACGCUACGUUCAGAAACAAUCAAUGAGUUACGGACCGUUUAUGACGAGUUGAUUCCAGUGCACUCGCUCGUGAAUAGCACCCCGGCAAAUCUUUGGCUAAUGGAUCGCCCGGAUCUCAUUGCAACCUUCACUAAGAUAGAACUUUGGCGCCUGACACAGUUCGAGCGGAUCGUCUACAUCGACUGCGACGUUGUCGCCUUGCGAGCACCAGACGAGCUACUUUCCCUGGAGGCAAAUUUUGCAGCUGUGCCAGAUGUUGGCUGGCCGGAUUGCUUCAACAGUGGGCUCAUGGUUCUCCGACCUAAUAUGCAGGACUAUUAUGCUUUAAAGGCGCUUGCAGAACGGGGCAUUAGCUUUGACGGAGCUGAUCAGGGCUUACUGAACAUGCACUUCCGUUUCCAGGACUGGCAUAGGCUUAGCUUUACGUACAAUUGUACACCGAGUGCUAACUACCAGUACAUCCCUGCCUAUAAGCAUUUCCAAAGCUCCAUCAGCCUCAUCCAUUUCAUUGGCGCGCAGAAACCGUGGACUCUACCGAGGCAGAUAGAGCCAGCGGAAUCGCCGUACAAUCAGUUGCUGGGCAGGUGGUGGGCUGUUUAUGAUAAGCACUAUAGACCUCCUUUUGUGACUACAUCACGCCCAGGAAGUGUCCCACUACCGCCACAGCAUAGAUCAUUUCACGUGAAAAGUCAGUCUUCAGCUCAAACUCAAUCAUCCGAAGUUUCUCAGCAUGAGCGUUGGCCGCAGCCUUAUCAUGUUGAACAUGAGGAGCCUGUGAGCUUUCAUGAAGAGAUGAAAACUGAAGGAAACUUGCCAGCUUUUGAAUCAUCUGCGUUUACGCCGACACAUCAUGCUACUGCGCAGCAACAUCACGAAUACCAACAAAACCAUGAAUACCAGCAACGCCAUGAAUACCAGCAACACCAUGAAUACCAGCAACAUCAUGAACAUCAUGAACAUAAUGAAGGUCGUAACCACCAUGACCAUUCGUAUGACCACUCUGCGACAGAUGGAGCGAGAAAUGUGGAAGUACCGGUGAUGAGUGCAGUUCCGCAGUAUGUGCGCGGUGAAGAAAGUGUUUCUACUUUCAUACUACCUACUGUUUCAGCGCCUCCUCCAGUGUAUCAGCAGAGCUUCGAAAAAAAGCAUGAGACAUAUGACCACCAUCACCACACGCACUCUCAACUUGAUUUUACUAAUAGUCAGAUGCACCACCCUGAACCCAUAGUACCCUCGCAUAAUGUGACUGAGCAGCGGGCUGAGCAGCGGACUGAGCAGUGGGAACGGCCUUCUUCAUCAGAACCAGAGUCAAAGCCAGAGGUAGAGCCGAUAUUUGAAGCUCCCAAAGCAGAAUGGGAUGCCUUACGGGAGCCUCCACCAACAAACUCCAAGCCAGAAGCCAUUGGCUUGGAGCAAAAGGUAUACGUCAUGUCUGAGGACACAAAUUUGUUCCAGCCUCCUCCUUCGUACCCCGAAGCCCCGAAGAAUAUGUACUACAACGUUCCUGCCAAAAAGCCACAGCCGGAAAUGGUCACCCAGCUGUUCCCGUGGGAAAGCAAUGCACCGAAUCCCACUCGCGUCUUUCCCGAUGAGCAGUCUAUCGCACGUAGUCCCUCUCCCGAGCCGCCUAUUGCAUCCCCCGAAAGCGAUUUUAUGCACAUGAAAGCCAGUUGGUCAUCAACUAGAACACAGUAUGAGCCUUCCGCAGAAACUUGGGGUGAAUACUCUCACUCCAACGCUUGGGACGAAGAUCCGAAUAUCCAGCGCUACAUGGAAUCUAUCCAACAGGCUCGCCGUGGUAAAACGCAGGUGAUAUCUGGAUCAACCAACCAAAGCAUCAGCACGACCAGCUCCGCCCAAUUCUCAUCCUUCACCAAUCCUAGCUCUGCUACAGGCCAAUCCGCUGGAAGGAGACCAAGUGCUAAAAUCACUGACUUCCCUACGGAAGUGGAACGCCCCAGUCUCCCCGUGACCCCGGCGCCUAUCCAGCGUGUCUGGGGUCACUCCAGUUCAGACAACGACGCCUCCGGCUCAAGUGCACUGCCCGUCGCGAAGGGAGUCCCGAGCCAGGAGGAAUGGGUGGGUGUCACAGCCGAUGCGUUCUCUCACGUGCUCAAAGCAACGUACUUAUUAUGGCGAUCCACAGAACCCCCUGGCCCGACUCGAGGAGCUUCGUCGUCGGCAGUCCGAGGCAUUUGA